GCUGGCAGUUCGGUCCUCCCACUGGCCAUGGCGCUGUUGUCGCCUUGGGCCCGGGCUGCAGACCGUCUGCUUCAGUGAGUCGGCUCGACAUGGCGGGGCUGCCGCGGCGCAUCAUCAAGGAGACGCAGCGGCUGCUCGCGGAGCCGGUACCGGGGAUCCGGGCCCAGCCAGACGAGGCCAAUGCCCGCUACUUCCACGUGGAGAUCGCAGGGCCACAGGACUCACCCUUUGAGGGGGGCAACUUCAAAUUGGAGCUGUUCCUGCCCGAGGAGUACCCGAUGGCAGCCCCCAAGGUCCGCUUCGUCACCAAGAUCUAUCACCCCAACGUCGACAAACUCGGCCGCAUCUGCCUCGAUAUCCUCAAAGACAAGUGGUCGCCGGCCCUGCAGAUUCGGACGGUACUGCUUUCCAUUCAGGCUCUCCUGAGUGCCCCCAACCCUGAUGAUCCUCUGGCAAAUGACGUGGCAGAACAGUGGAAGAACAGUGAAUCACAGGCUAUAGAGAUCGCCCGUACAUGGACCAAACUCUACGCCACGAGCAGCUAAGGUGCGAAGGCAGAGAUUCCCCUGGCCUGCCGUCACACUCCCUUCACGCCAGCCCACGACCCCAGCGAAUGUACAGCGUCCAUCGAGUUGUGGGCUGCCCGCAGCAUUCAUGGAGAAGUGGGGUUCCUGAUCGGCCAUGGAGUUGUGGGCUGCCCUCAGCGUCUAUGGUGGGGUUCCCUCCUUUUAUUUAUAACUUGAAUCGUAUGGAAAUGCUGAAAAAAGAAUCCCUGUUUUUUUUUUGUAAUGAUCUGUAGACCUGGGACAAUGCGAUUUGUUUUUUUGUGUAUGAUGUGUAUAUAUAAAUAAAUGAUUGUAUGGAA